CCACCACCAAAACGAAGCAUCCAAUCGCGCGCACACGUCCACUGCCCCCCUACCGUUGCCGCGCCCUCGCCACCUUCGGGUAGAUCCUGCCGAACAUGCCACUCACGACGCCCUCGCCACAGACGUGGACCCUCCGCUGCAAGCAUAACAAAACCACCAUUGUCCUCCACGUCGACGCGCUGCAAACCCUCUCCAGCAUAAAGCCGGAGCUCCUACAGGCGUUGCGCGACACGCAGCCCGACGGUUCGCUGAACGGACACGCGCUGCCCGAGGACGCGGCCGAGAUCCAGCUGGCCAAGAUGCUCGAUCCCCACGACGAGACACGCGGCUGGGUGCGAGUUGACAAUGCAGAGACCAAGGUUGGCAAGAAAAAGGACGGGCCGAGCUUGAAGGACGUAGGGCUCAAGGACAACGGCGUGCUGGCGUUUAGGUGGGGAGAGGAGGCGGCAAACGCGCCAGACCAGAUCCUGGAUGAGGACGAGGGCGAGCAAUGGGAUGUCAUCAUGCCAAAAUACGAGGAAACGUACUUCCCGGAAGACGAGGGCGUGGGAUCGGCAUAGGAUGGAGCGUAGGGGCUGUUGAAGAAUGCAUGGAUGUUAUGGAGCCCUCACAAAGGGAACGCCGGCGCCGGGCAGUAAUGAAUAGCGAAGAAUUGUGGGAGUCGUCACCGCCACGCAGAUCUACGACGGCGGAACUUGCUGGGAUUUCUGGGCGCUGCAUGGCUUCGGCGUUGAUUGGGCGGCGUCAAAGGGAUGCUCGACAUGCUCGCUUGCAUGGCACGGUGUUGCUGGUUAGGAAAACGGCCUGCUCACAAGAGCGGUAAACACAAGUAGUAGAAGCAGGCGAAAGUAGCCUCGCUGUCCCCGCUACCGCAUAGAGACAUCUUGUCGGUUGCCGGCGUCCCAUUGGCCCCAGGCGUGUAGUACCCGUUGUAUGCAAUGCGCCUACACUCCGUGCCACGCUGCUGUACAUACUUGGCUUUUCUCGAGUCGAUAAGAAAAGUACCACGACCCUACUAAA